CAAGCACUGUGUUCGGGAUUUGUUCCAGCUAGGAAGCCGACCAUAGCGGCUCAGAUGCAUAGCGAGCGGGAGCGAGAACGCGAGAACAGAGAUCGUCCAAGCGGGAACAGUAGCGGCGGAGGCGGAAGUGGCGGUGGUGGGAAUAGCAGCAGCACGGGCACCAACAGCGGGAGCAACGCGGGUAACGCUAGCGUUGGAUCUGUCGGUAACAGUCACCAUCGCGUCGAGUCGAGGAAAGAAGAGCAACAGUCUUCGGUUCCUCCUCCUCCUCCGCCAACAGUAGCACCGCCACCGCCUCCACCACCACCGCCGCCACCACCACCGCCACCACCAUCGUCGGAUCCAACGGCGAACAUCUAUCACUCUCGUUUGCCACCGUUUCCAAAUCCACCGGCUCCCAUUGGACCAGCAUCGUUGGCCACGGCUACCAUCUGCUCCGUCAGCACCGCGGCCAUGCCCCCUCUACCCCCAUUGAACCUUGGACCUCCGCCACCGAUAAGUUCCGCGCCUAUCGGCGGCCCUCCGCCCAUCCCCUCUAUACCCUCCAUGUCAUCGUUGACACCAGCGGUAAUAGGUCCACCGCCCCCACCAUCCCUCGCCAUGCCCUUGGCGCCUAUCAUCUCCAUACCUUCCCUCCAUUUACCCUCCGUACCCUCAACUACCAUUCAUUCUAGUCAGCACACAGCUACGAUAAUGAGCAGCGCGACGACUACGGUCACGACUUCUAUAUACCAUCAACAACAACCGCAACAACAACAACAACAACAGGUGCAACAGUCGCCACAAGUGCCGCCGCUACCACCACCACCGCCACCACCGCCGCUACCGUCAGCAUCAUCGUCGCAACAAUCGCAACAUCAACGCGGCAACAAUAUGAGCGCAGCUGGUACAACGACGAGCAACAACGGUUUGUCGAGCAGCGGCACCAUGACAAGCCACGGAACACACAUUGUAACGACCUCGGUUCCCUCGACUAUGAACAGCGCGAACCACAUGACCACCUUGACCCACAAAUCGCCAUCGCCGUUGUCCCACGGUAUUCAUAGCUCGAGGAGCAAAGACAACGGCGCAACCGCGACCAAUACGACGGCGAACACGGCCUCCAACACGAGCACUAACAGCAGCAGCAGUAGCAUCAUCAUCACCACCACCACCAUCGCUACCACCGCGAUUACUAUGGUCACAAGCACGAGCACGUUGGCUACCUCUCAACCGGCUUUCGUCAGACCUUUCGAGGAUUCCUUUCGCUCCUCGUCGAAGCCGCAGCAAAGGACUAUCGUGAACAGUCACAAUCACAGCAUAUCGAGUCAACUUUCUUCUUAUCAAGAAUCGUCGAUAAAAUCGGCCGCUACGACGACCACAUCCCAAACAAUCGGGUUGUGUUACGACGGGGCUGUCGCCGAUAACGCGAAAAACGCGAAUUCCCAGCAAUCGUUGUCGCAUCCGAUCCCCUAUCCACCUCAACAAUUUCAUCAUCCCCAUAUACCUGUCUCGCACGUAGCCAAUUUGUACAAACCGGCCCAUUUCUCCUCGUCGUCGUCGUCAUCGUCAUCGCAGCCUCAUCAAAUCCACUCGCAGCCGAAGAUCAACGUAACGUCGACCACGUUGACUACCAACAGCGGUGGUAGUAGCGCGAGUAGCAACAACAGCGCUCCUGUGAUCAGUAAUACGAAACAAAGCGUAGCGCAUCAUGGGAACGAAAGUAGUCAAACAGCAGUUACAGCGGCGGCGGGCCAGCGGAACGAAGUCUCGUCGUUGCCGUCGUCGUCACCGUCUUCGUCGUCAUCGUCAUCGUCGUCGUCGUCGUCGUCGUCGUCGUCUUCGUCGCCUCCUUCGACUUCGUCCAAUCUUGUUAAUUGCGUUUCCAGCGAGAAAAUAGGUGGAAACGCGAAUUACAAUAAUAUCGUGGCCGGGAAUGGGAAUAAGAUCGCGAAUCACGCGAAUUCGCAUCAUAAAAGCGGAACCACGACGGAUACCACGUCGACGAGGGAGACCGGCAAGCUAGUUAACUCGUGUAACGAGAAGAUUGAGAAUCACGGGAAGCAAACGGCGGCGAGCCACCAGAAUCACGUGGAGAAUUCGAUUGUUCAAGAAAAACCGUUGACCACCAUCACCCACUCGACGUACGAGCAGCAAGGGAAGGCCCGCCCUACUUUCCAACCAAUGAACGUCAACUUCAAUCUCGCCGAGAAGGAGAUGAAACCUGAAUCAGAGUCUAAGAGCGAUCAGAACAACCUGUUGUCCACAUUAUCGUUUCAACCGAAUUUUAAGUUCAGCAUAAACGACAUCGCGCAGAAGCCUAUAGAUACGAGCCAGUUGAUGCAGAGCAUCAAGUCUGAGGAAGUUUUGCGUACCUGUCAGAACGUGUCCAAUGUUCUCCUACAGAUACCAAAAUAUCAAGAGAAACUGUUGAAUUUCUCUAACGAGCUGAAAACCGCAUUUUGUUUCACCGACAAGUGCAAUAAUUUGACUGAGAUUUCCGUGAAGUGCGAACCGGCGGUGUUAAAUGUGCCUGACCUGAGCAAGGCUCUGGUCAAACAGGAGAUAACCAGCGAAAAGUCCUUUCUUGUACCUGAGAAGCCGAAAGAGUUGACGUCCUCGUUGGAUCUUGCCGAAAGGAGAAGGAAAAGGAAACGGGAGAGGAAUACAGGUCUUGCGUGUAGUUCGGAUUCGGAAGGCGAGGAUGAAACGAAGGAUGUGGAUCUUUGGAUCAUCAAAGGUCCACCGGCGAAAUUACAGUAUUCUGAGAAGAAGCUCGCAUUCCUCGCCAUGUUCGGUCUAACCACUUUAAGUAUGAGGAACGAAAUAGAGCUUUGUAAAGUGGAGAAGAGGUACAGGUUAAAUCCAGAUCCACCGGAAGUACCUUUGGAGACGGAACAAGUGGUAGAAUCUGUAUUACCAAUACCGCGGGAACAUCCGGACGUGUUACUCCAUACACCAGAUUUCGAGCCGAAAGUUGGUUUUCUCAGGACUAUAGGCCUUGAUAUAAUGCCUCCGAACAGGAGAGAUGAGGCAGAAUUAACGUGGCAAUACGUUCUCCAAGAUCGUAAAAAACGGAAAUGUUCCAAUUCCGUGACUGCGUAUUGCGAAAGAAUUGCCAGGGCGUAUUCGAAGAAUCCACCAACAUUGCCUAAACCGCCGCAAAAGAUGAGGCUUUUGGAUAGAGUAAAAGUGAAACAAGUUCCAGAACGACCACCGCCUCUACCACCUUUGGUUCCGAACAUUGUCUCGAUGGGUUAUCCCUCUUUGCCUAUGCCCGGUGAAAAUGGGGUGAAACAGCAUUGCAAGAUUAUGGAUAUGAAGAUAAUGGAUGAGAACGUGGAUGUAGAUUACGUGGAUGGAAAGAGAGAAAGAUCUAAAUGGACCGGCAUCGAGGACAUUCUCUUUGCUUAUAGCGAAUAUUCCAAAGAAAAAGCAUUAGAAAAGAAAAUUUUGACGAGCGAAACAUCAAAAUUGGUGGCACAAUCGAACAACUUACGUUCCGAGACCAUCCAUCUAGAGCGGAGGAUAUACGAACUUUUAUCCGCGAGAACAGUUCUUGAUUCGGAAAGGCGGAUGUUGAGCGAGAAAAUCGAAAGAAUUAACGCACUUGUUAGGAACCUUAGGUAGCGAUGCGUAACGCACAACACGGAAACUCAUUCAUCUGUGAUAUUAUCGAAGGGUUAAGGGUCGUUAGCAUACCAAUACCAAAUAUAAAAUCUUAUAUAAUUGAUACUUAGACAAGCGAGAAUUCGAGAUGAGACAAUUUUAUUGACCAAUUGUAAAGCAGCCUUUCGGUUUUAAUGACCAAAUGGAUACCACGAGAUGACGUUAUACAUAUAAUGCAGAAUAUAAAAUUACAACAAUAGCAACAGGAUCGAUACUACGAUCGGUCGUGAAGCACACACCUUUAUAUUUCGUAAAUGAUCCUCAUAUCAGCACAACGUAUGAGACGAGUGUGUAAGAAGAUUGUAAAAAUUAUAUCUAAAUAUACAUGCACUUCUUAGUUCACGACUGAAGUAGUUAAUAAAGAUUUUAUAGUUUUAACUAACGGCUCUUAGACUCUAAACUAUAAAUAAUUGUAAUUUGUAUCAUAAUAUUUUAAUGAAAAAUAGACAAAUCGUAUAACUUAUUUUAUUCUGCGUAAUGUGGACUCUAUGUCAGAUAAUAACUUGAAACAAUAUGAUAUGUCAUGAAUUUGUAUAUGAGUCGAUCGUUAAUAUUAUCUGGUGUAAAAGAGAGGGGACAACUAAUCGCGACGUUGAAUCGGUUUAUUGAUAAUCGAAAAGUUACUCCAAUAUAUAGACUGUAACUUUUUUUUUCAUUUUGCAUCCUAAAUGGGAAUAGUGUACGUGAGCUCUGUGUUAACAAAAAUUUUAAAAUACAUUCAAACUACGAAACCACAGAUUGCGAUUACAAUAAAUCUGAAUGACAAAAAAAAAAAAAA